AUGAUGAUGACCUUGUUCGGAAUUUGGCAGACGCUGUUGAUAGCGACAACAGUCCUGACUACCGGCGUCAGCGCCAAAAGGCCAAAUGUUGUUUUCAUUCUAACCGACGACCAAGAUCUGCACAUGGACUCGUUGUCUUACAUGCCCAAUGUCAAGAAACACCUCAUUGACCAGGGGACUUACUAUCAGAAGCAUUAUUGUACCGUUGCACUGUGCUGCCCGUCCCGAGUGAGCCUGUUGACUGGCAAAGCUGCCCACAACACAAACGUUACGGAUGUUGAACCGCCUUAUGGGGGAUACCGGCAAUUUAUCGACCAAGACCUGAACCAAAACUACCUCCCUGUGUGGCUUCAGAAAGCCGGAUAUAACACUUACUAUACAGGAAAGCUGAUGAACUUCCACCAUAUUCUCAAUUACAACAAGCCUUUUGCUGCGGGAUGGACAUCUUCGGACUUUCUUCUUGAUCCGUACACGUACAGCUACCUCGAAAGCGUCUGGCAACGCGACCGAAGCCCACCAAAAAGCGCGGCUGGACAAUACAGCACUGACAUUCUCGCGGAGAAGGCAUAUGCAUACAUUGAAGAGGGAGCUAGCUCGGAUGCCCCGUUUUUUGUGACUUUGGCACCGAUUGCACCACAUGCCAAUGUUGAUGUUAAUAUAAAUGGGUCAAAUGUGUCGCAUACCUCGGGGGACCCCAUUCCCGCCGACCGACACAAGUCCUUGUUUUCAGACGUUGUUGUGCCCCGGACUCCGAACUUCAAUCCUGAUGUGCCCAGCGGCGUAAGCUGGGUCGCAAGGCUGCCACAACAGAACCAGACAGAAGUCGAUUACAACGAUGGCUUUUAUCGUAACCGUCUCCGAGCGUUACAAGCCGUCGACGAGAUGGUUGAUGGUAUUUUCCAGAAACUCGAGAGCUUGGGUAUACUGGAGGAAACUUACGUUGUCUACUCAUCUGAUAAUGGGUUCCACAUUGGCCACCACCGUCUACACCCUGGAAAGCGAUGCGGAUUCGAGGAAGACAUCAACGUCCCAUUGAUCAUUCGCGGACCAGGCGUUCCGCAGGGUGCAACCACGGAUAUCGUAACGACGCAUACCGAUCUCGCCCCGACAUUCUUUGAUAUGUUAGGUAUUGACCUUCGUGAUGACUUUGACGGAGCGCCUAUCCCUCUCACGAGAACGGACAUUUAUGACGCUGUCACUACGAGGCAUGAACAUGUUAACGUGGAACACUGGGGAACCGUAAACUCGGAAGGAGUUUUUGGAAAUUCAUCAGCCGCGGGAACCAAGGAAAAUCCAGAGAAUACAUACAAAGCCUUGCGGCUGGUUGGAAAAGAGCAUAAUCUUUACUACUCAGUAUUCUGCAACAAUGAGCAUGAGUUGUACAACUUGACUGCUGACCCUUACCAAAUGAACAAUCUCAUGUCCUCUUCAUCCAAAAGCCAAGAUGGAUAUGCAGCCUCUGACCUCCAGAAGAUGGUUCAUCGACUUGACGCACUUCUCAUGGUACUCAAGACCUGCGUUGCAAACGACUGCAUUGAUCCAUGGGGUGUCCUCCACCCACAAGGCGACGUGAAAAACCUAGAGGAUGCCCUCAAUCCCAAGUACGAUGCAUUUUAUGCGAAGAGCUUUGAGACCAACUCGGUCUCAUUUACGAAAUGUGAGGCGGGUCAGAUCUUGUCGUCUGAAGGAUCGCUCGAGCCGUCGGUGUAUCCGGGGCAGGUGAACUGGGAGGAUUUCUCGUAA